UUAGCCGUGUGCCAUUGUUUUGUAUUAAACAAAGUUAUUUUGUUGUGUAGCAAUUUGAUUUUGCAGGGCCAGAUGACCUGUAAGUUACCAGCAUUCUUUGAAAGUCAGUGAUUUAUCUACAAAAUGGCACAUGUUGGUGUAGAUCGAAGAGACAUAUCUGCAGAGCGACGAGUGGAAUUUGUGGACAAUAGUGAUGCGGCGUCAACCAAUUUCUACUGCUAGAGCAGGCAAAGUUCAAGAACAAGAAGGGCUCACCAGAAUGAUCGACUGCUCAGAUCGCCUGGUGUUGGAUCUAAACCUCUCGAGCAAGGAACUAGACGGAAAUUCAAAGCAAGAGCUCAUCCUUUUCGACAAGAAUGAUCAAGCUCAAAAUGCCGGGAAUGAAUCAGACCAACCCCGGGUUUUUCCAUGCAACUACUGCAACAGGAAAUUCUACAGCUCACAGGCUCUUGGAGGCCAUCAAAAUGCUCAUAAACGGGAAAGGACCAUAGCCAAGAGGGGAGCAAGUAGCAGUAUCUCCUUUGGAAAACAUCGGUACCUUAACAUGGCCUCUCUCCCUCUACACGGCUCUGCUUUCAACAGGCAUUCAGGGUCAGUCCGAAAGCCGCUUGAACAGCAGCCAGCAGUUGGACGGCUAAUUGCAUUGGAAAAUCGCCAGGUUAUACCAUCUUCUACUGGACGAGUGGCCUGGUUUGACGGUGGUCAAAAGCUUUCUCCAGCAGUAGAUCGAUUCGGAGGUGGAUUCAGAUGGGAUUCCGGCUUUCAUCUGAAGACUACCAACAAGGAAGAGUUGAAGCCAUUAGACUUAUCUCUCAAACUUUAGUGUUCUACUUUUAUGUCUCAUGUAACUUUCUAGCCUUUCUUAAUUCUUCAUAUGAAUUAAUUUCUGUAUUAGACUUUUUCUGUUUUUUGGAAUUUAUUGCUGUUUUUUUCAGUUUCUGUAUACAUAUUUAUGUAUAAAUUCUCAAUGUAAAUUGCAGUAUAGAUUUCCAUCUCCAGAGAGUAAAUUUGGUUCAUUAAAAGGAAAGAAACCUAUACUUGAGCUAUUUUCAGGCAGAUCUUGCAAUCUUACAACUGAAUUGUUUGAAAAAUAUUCCAGAUUUUUUUAUUCUUUAAGUCUAUUAUAAGACACCACCACUACAGAGAUUAUCAAUCAUUACACUCUAAGAGAAGAGAGAAUAUGCAACAAAUUAUUCAUGCAUAUCUUCCUAAAACAAUUAGAACCAUUGACUCAAAGCAUACACUACAUAUUGGAUGGUUAAGAUUUGCCCUGGACCCUAACAAACAGUAUUGCUAUGGCCCAUCUACAGUUUAGCAGAAAUUGACUUGCUGAGCAUUGAUGUUUCUCAUUUGGAAUCUUAAAGUAGUGUUUGGUUAAUCUUGGAUAGUUUUCCUUAACUUUCAAUGAUGGAUUUUUAUAGAAUAUAAAUAAUCCUUAAGCUCCUAAAUUACAUC